AUGCAUAGGGCCUAUGACCCGGGACAAACAAUACGCGAAAAAGGUCCGAACGCUGCAGCUAGACUUAACCUUGAACGAUUUUCUCAUGACUCCAAAAGGGAGAUGGAGAAUGGAGUUUCUCGAUCCUCUCUCGUCCAUGGUACCCAAACCAAUCCGAACUCCGACACUUGGUAUGACACCGACGCAUUUCUGUUGGACCAAGUGAAAGAAGUGCUUAACAAGCUGAGCGAAGGAUCAAUCGACGAUGAAAUAUGGGGGAAAAUUGUUAUAAUGGAAAGGUGCAAACGGGUUGCAAAAGCAUAUUUGAGGAAGACAACAGUGAUUAUUGAUGGGUCAGAAGAUGAAUUUGAUGGGAAGACUCUGGGAUUCAAUCAUUUUGAUAAUCCAACUCGAGAUGAUCACACCAAAGAAAUCAGAGCUAAAGUAGCAGAUGGUGUCAUCUUAAAAAUGGAUUACCAGGGAAACAUCAAAGGAAUGGCUCGUGGACCCGCUCCAAUUAUUUGUCAAGGUUGGAAAGAGCCACGCAAUAACUGUAUCUCUGACCGGUUAAUACGGUUACAUGGAAAACUAAACCAUGGAGUGACUGAAGAUGAGAAGGCUUACAAAGUUUUCGAUAUGAGAAAGUUCAAGCAUUCGUUGGAACGAGAGUUGCAUGAUGGUACACCUGAUGCAAGGUCUCUAUUGUUAAAGACAUGUAUGAGAAUUGCUUUGGUCAAGGACGGUGCUGACAUGAAUCGAACACCUUGCUGGUUUGCCAUUGUCAAUCUCGUCGCUUUGGAUAUGAUCAAAGAAAAAAUUCCGCUGAUUAAAUCUUUGAUCAAUGGUAGCUCGAUACCCUCAAUCAACUCCCCACCCCCAAACCAUGCAUCCGAUCCUGGAAUUGAUGCUCAAUAUUUGACUCAAAUCAUUGCUGCAGCUGUUACACAAGCUAAUAAAGGAACUCCUACUCCAGUUAACAACAACAAUCAAAACUUGACCAUCUCUCCUGAGCAGCUCGCUCAAAUUGCUUCCACAAUCAGUAUUGCUCAGACAAACACCCUGAGAACUGCUGACUUGGCUAAGAAAGAGCGGCCGAAAAAACCAUACCACUGCUCAACUUCUUCUCUCGACUCAUCCGGUGAGGACUCCUCUGGCCGCCGUUCCGAAUCCUCGAUCGCAAUAAAGUCACGUGCUAAGAGAUGGGAACAAGUUCAAAAGAUCAACGAGAGAGAAAAGUACACAGAAAGCCCGGAUUUGAAAAUACUGGAUAAACCAAGAGCUGGUGGUCGUGCUCAUCGUCCAUCUCUGCAAGAUGUGAUAUUUACUAGAAGUCAUUCUAUUACUAGUGACUAUGACAGUAACAAAGAACACUUUGAUUCUGGAAGUUGGAGUUCUACACAAUCCAGAUACAAAGGUGGUCGUUCCACAUCUUCAUCUGUUGUGUCAGAACAUGAACUAGCUGCACUUGCACGUGAUGAACUCAAGGAGACAAGUGAGAUAAGAGAGGCUAACGCAGUCAGUGAAGAUGAUGAGCCACCAACUAACCCACCGUCGCCUGCACCAAAUGUGCCUACACUGCCACGCAAAGACUAUAACCCAUCACCACCUCCCGAGCACGCAAUCACUCCACGUAGCUUCACAGCUAUUCCAACAGUUGAACAGUUUGUUCCAACUUUAGAAGGCGCACCAGUAUGGAAGCCAAGAUCUGUGAUUGUUGAACAAGAAGAGCCAUCGCAAGUCUCCUCAGUGUCCUCUCCACCUCCACCACUCCCCAAAACACCGCAACCUAGUAACGAGGGAGCUUCACCCGCGCCGCGGCGAGGAGAUGGAAGUUUACUUCGGGAGAACCCCGGUCCAGUCCGAUCCUCCACGCAACCGAUCAAACCCGUUCGUCAGCGAACUCCGUCAGGUUCUCGAGCAACGAACGAGCGGGUUGCGGAUUGCGCGCAACCACUCACAACCAGCCGCAGUUCAUCCCAGCUUGCGACAUUUCGCCAACGCCGCUCGCCCACUCCACCACACUGCUACCCAACCGUACAACAGCGUCAGCAGCAACUGCAGCAGCGGACGCAACACUCCGGAAAGAGUCCAUUCACAGCACGUCGGGUCUUCUUCGCACCAAGUGCCACGCGGUCUCCGGAGGACACACAACCAACAGUUCCAGCACCAGCAGUCACACCAACAGCCACACCAACGAGACCAGCAGCAAUCACAACAAUCAACACAACAGCGCCUCCCACCGUACAACUACGGCCAAUCUACUCUGUGUCGCGAACCAACAUCAGCAGUCAGAGUCAACCGGACAGGCUCCCUGCCAUGGGGACAAUAUCAACACGUGAGAAGAACUCACAUGUAAUCAAUCUCCAGUUAACCUAA